CACCAUGCUGUAUUAUCAGUCCUACUCUGCCCUUAGUGCAGGUCUACUAGUAGAGGCUAUUGUUACUUAAUUAAAGGAAAGACUUGAUUAAAGGGGUAGAGCCCCUAAACAUUGCUUAAAACAGUGAAGGUCCUAGCUUGCCUGACUUCAAGAAAUAAGUAUCCCUUGCAGCCUCCAGGGCUGCCCAGAAAAUGGGAAGCAGCUACCCUGGGGCUCUGGGGCUUGCAUUCCUCCUCUUGCUGGUUUUACCCCCUCUGCUGCCAAGCAGUGGGUCAUACCAGCACAGAGCCCCGACCUGGCUUGAUUUCCACCACCUCAGUCGGGCCAGGAGAAGCCUCUCCAGCAAUACCAACCAAGAUAGGGAAAGCACCCGCCAGGGCCACAGCCAGGACACCGGGUCCAGGGAGAAGCUGACAGAUGACAAGAAAUCCUGCCAGAGCAAUCUUGACCUCUAUUUAAUCUUGGACAAGUCAGGAAGUGUGGACACCAACUGGAUAUUUAUACACGGCUUCGUAGAGGAUUUCCUCAAAAUAUUUGAAAACCCGAACAUGAGGGUCUCGAUCUUCACCUUCUCCACAAGGGGCCACACCGUCCUAAAGCUCACCUCGGACAAAAAAGAAAUUGAAGACGGUCUCAACAAACUACGCAACACAGUGCCUACCAGAAACACAGACAUGCAGGAAGGAUUUAAAGCGGUCAAUGAGCAGAUCUCCACAGCAAACUCUGGAGAAAAGAAAGUGCACUCCAUGGUUGUCUUCCUAAUUGAUGGAGCACUUUGGCCUGAGUCCUUUCAGGCUACCAAGAAUGAAGCUCAGAGGACUCGACAACUGGGAGGGACUGUUUACGUUGUGGGUGUCAACAACUACGUGAAAAACCAGCUCCUGCCAAUUGCAGACAGCGAGGAGCAUGUGGUUGGCGUGCACAGUGGAUUCUAUGAUCUCAAGCACAUCAUUGACUCACUUGUAGCUAAGUCCUGCAUUGAGCUUACAAGUGUGGAUCCGCCCAUUCACUGUGUGGGAGAUAAAAAAGCCACCCAGGUGGAAGACACCAGCAUAAAGUGUCCAGGAGUGAAGAUAGAGGUACCAGCCAACGAGAUCUCUGUUGAAGUGAGCCUGAAAAACGGUGCCAGCUUCAUCAGCAACGGGCUCAAGAUCAGCAGCAAGGACUGUGGGAGUCACAGAACCUGCCAGAGGAUGCGCAUGAGCCCCUCAGGAGUCCCGCCGACGCACAGCUCGUCUGUCAUCAGGCCCAUGAGGAAAGUCCUCAGGAGAAACGCAGGGCAGAUCCCGGGAGUGCAGGUGAAUGCACCUGCCAUUCUAAUAUGUUAGCCGCACUUACUGGAAACCAAAGCUCAAAUCGCUCCAAGAUCAACACUUACCACUUGGCUGCAUCAUUACUGAUACUACUAAUACCUCUGAUGAUAGGGUGCUUGUGGCGACUCCACAGCAGAAAGGUGAGUGCCCCAACCUGCACACCUCCCUGAGCCCAGACAACUCCUCUAGGGAACAAUCACCUGCUGCCCUGGUCUCUGCUUCUCCCCUCAGUGCACAAUCUUAACAGGAGCAAAGGAAGACAGACUCUACCCUCCAUUCCGAGGCAGAAAAAUGACCUGACAGGGGCCUCCUACUUCAUGCUUGUUAGUCUAUGUUCUAUUUGCUGCCUGGUUCUUGGGGAGAAGGGCUCAGAAUCCUGGCAGGGCUGCCUCGUGGCCCCUGGACUCUGAGCGUACAGGCAGACGAGAGGCUGGGAUGAGGACUCAGCUCUGUUGAGGGAAGAAGCAGGGGCACAGCAGGGGCACAGCAGGGGCACAGAAUGAGCAGGAAUCCCAAGCUCUGGGCAGCGAACUUUAGAAAUUAGCAGGGAAGAAAAGAAAAAAGAAAUCAGCACGGUGUCUGCACAUCCAGUGGUGCUUCCACUUCCCUCUAUCUUCUUCCUGAGUGCCAAGGAGUGCUGUCAAUACCGGGCACACAGGGACAGAAAGGAAGCAGUUGCCAGCCUGUCCAUAGCAGCUAUAGUCUGGGAUCUGGGCAGGUGUUGGUACCUGGUGGGGCAUAAGGUGGACCACACAAUGCCACGUACUGGGGGACACUAGCCCUGAUAGCGCAGAGCAAUGGCAGAGGACAGCCGGGCCAGGAUAGGGGGACAGCAGAGCAUGGUAGAGGCAGUAAGAACACUGCUGGAUGGCGAGAAGGAAGAGCAUAGGAGAAGGCACAGCAGCAGCCAGGAGCGAGCAGGGCCCAGAA